AUGCACACUGGCGGCGGAGUGCGGGGGCGCGGUGUAGGUCACGACGUCGAUAGCGGUUUCUCUUUGGUUACGUGGCCCUUCGGCGAGCAAGCGGGUUGUUGGGUCGCUGUUUUAGCCGUCUUUGUCGUACCGGCUGGGGCUCGAUAUUUCGGUUACCGGAAAGAUAUUCUAAGUAUGAUUAUUCCUGCCUUGGACAGCAAUGUAGUCCCAAAAUUCCUACAAGUCAAAGACAAUUUGGGCACGCUCCUUCAAAUCAUAGUAAUACCAGCCGACAAAGGCAACGCAACAGUAGUCAUGAAUACAUCAGACAACAGAACGAAGAUGGAGUCCCUCCUUACGGACAAAACAUACACAAGGCUUGACAGAGAUCUAACCAACAGGAUAGAACGGAAAACCAGCAUCCUAUUAGAAAAGAGCGGCCUACACAGCAAAAUCAAAGCAACAUUGAAACCUGCCAAUUCCCUGCCACCAAGAUUGUACGGUCUGCCAAAAAUACAUAAACCGAACAUCCCUCUCAGACCGAUUAUAUCCGGGGCGGCCAUGGGUUCAUCCAUUUCCCUCGUAGUAGCAAACAUCUUCACGGAACACUUCGAAGAAGAGUCCCUCCGAAAGGCGACCAGCAAGUCAGAAAUUUGGUACCGAUAUGUAGACGACAUAUUCGUAAUCUGGAAACACGGAAAAGAUGAACUCGACAAGUUCUUAAACUUCGUCAACCAACAUCCGAUUCACCUCAAUACUAACAUCCGAUUCACCAUGGAAAUAGAAGAGAACGGUAUGCUUCCCUUCUUGGACGUACUCGUCACAAAGAAGACACACUGGGCUAUCAGAGCUUUCAGCAUCUCUGACAAAGAACAUCUACAAACAGAACUCAACCAUUUGAAGGAAACCUUACAGCGGAACGGAUACAAUGAGGAGGAUGUAAAUAGGAUAAUUAGCAAACAUAGGAGUGGGACAAAGAAAUCAGACACAGAAUAG